AUGAGGGAGUUCUUCGCCUUCAAACUUCAAGAUAGAAGAAAUAUGUUUUCAUUACUUCUCAAUGCAAGGAGGCUUCUACAGCAAUUUAUUGUUGAUGGAUACACAAUGAUUGAAACUGAGAGGUUGCAUUAUAUACGUAAGCAGCAGAAAGUCCUAAGGUGCAAGACAUAUGAUACUCUAUGCAAUGUACAAGAACAAGGAGAGUGGGAUGUUUCAAACAUUGGACAACGUGUUAUACUACCUUCUUCUUUCACCGGUGGUGCUCGGUACAUGAUGCAAAAUUAUUUGGAUGCAAUGUCCCUUUGUAAAUGGUAUGGAUAUCCUGACUUGUUUCUAACCAUGACUUGUAAUCCAAAAUGGCCAGAAGUUAGAAGAUUUAUUAAGAACACAGGCCUAAAUCCAGAAGACAGGCCUGACAUUCUUUGUCGUUUAUUUAAGAUCAAGCUUGAUGCACUUAUUAGAGAAUUAAAAGAGAAUGAGUUUUUUGGAAAAAAAAAUCAAGCAGACGAGUGGAUGGACGUUUUAUUGAGAAAUCAGGCAUCUUCAAUCAAGUAUCUGUUCAAAUACAUCAACAAGGGUCCAGAUAGAGCUACUGUUGCAAUUGUAGAAAACAGUGAUGAUGUGGUCACUGUUAAUGUUGUUGAUGAGAUAAAACAGUAUUAUGAUUGUAGAUACCUUUCUGCAUGUGAAGCUUCAUGGCGUAUUUUUGGAUAUGAUGUUCAUUAUAGGACUCCUUCUGUUUUAAGACUUCCUUUUCAUCUUCYGGGACAACAACWAGUARUGUUUGGUGCUGAAGAUAAUAUUGAUAAUGUGCUAAACAGACCAUAUGUGGCGUCCUCAAUGUUCUUAUCUUGGAUGCAUUGUAAUCAAAUUUAUGAAGAGGCACGAGAACUCACUUACGUUGAAUUUCCUACAAAGUUUGUGUGGAAAUUGGACAAACGAUGUUGGGAUCGAAGGAAAAAAGGGUUCUCAAUUGGAUGGAUUCAUUCAGUUUCUCCUACUGUAGGAGAAGUGUUAUAA